UUGGUUCGUCGGCAAGGUUGGGCGGACGGGAGCCAACGACUCGACCAAAAUGUGAGCGUUGCUCGACGAUCAAACACCAUUGUCUCUCUGGUACAACGAUUUCGGCUACCAACCAGAAACUUCAGAGAAGCACUGUUUGGCAGCUCCCACAAAGACACAAGGCAUUGCUACGGCACUAAGCUAUCCUCCUACCGUACUAGCCAGUCAUACAAAACGUCGAAAAUGGAGCAAUCAGAGGAUAAUCGUCAAGACCAGAAAAGCGCGGACAGAGACACAGUCGACGUGAGCGUUUCACGCACGAGAGCAGCGCGGAGAGCUCGAACUCAAUCGUUUUCCCGCAGUCGGCCGCUUCGAAUCUUAAGCGCUGUCACUAUAUUGCUGGUAGGGUCCAACCUUACGCUUUGCUCGGCUAAUACUAGCAAUAUCGAUGUCAGUGGCACGGCAAAGGAGGCCGCUCAGGUCCCGCUUCUGCACACCAACCCACCAUCACGUGGGCAAUUAGGGCAGAGCCAGCUACCAGGCUUUCUCAAUCGACUAGAGCCAUCACUGCAUCCGUGGAAACUAAAAGAGCUGCAAACGACAGCUGCUAAUGCCAAUGCUAAGACUGGCACCAAGAAUCGGCUACCUCAACGAAUGAACGUGCGACGGCGACACCACAAAAGCGCUCGAGUCAAACAAAUCAAUCGAGCACUCAAGCACCACAGUCGAAACCAGCACCAGCACAACCACAACGCCGAUGGACAUCACCAUCACAACCAUAUGCACACUAUUUCGCCACAGGUUCUAGAAGCUCACUUGGAGGUCAUGGAAACCACGUCUCCUGCCGAAGUCGAUGACACCGAAUCUGAGGCUGAACACGACGAUUACUACACUCUGAUGGAAGCUGCAUCAGGCCUGAAGGGAGCCAAAAAGGCAGGAGCCAAGGUGGCUGAUUCCAUGAAUCACACGGAUGCGGACCGACACGCACCCAAAGACAAGUAUGCCAAAGUCCAUGUCCACAAGGCCGCCAAGACCAAGGAACACAAGGUUGGAAAGGUCAGUAAAGGGAAGGAAGCUAAAAAGUACAAGGCCCACAAGCAGUACGACGUGCCGUUGACCAACGAGCAAAUUGACGAAGAGUAUCUUCACGUCCACAUGACUGAUGAGCAAAUUGAUGAACACUACCUUCACAUUCAUUCAGAUGCUGGUAAAACAAGCAAGGGCAAGUACAGCAGCAAGGGCAGUAGCAGCAAGGCAAAGAGAGUGAAGAAGGGCAAGAAAGGCCAUCGCGGUAAAUCGAGCAAAAGAGGUCCUGACCUUGGUGUUCGAUACUUCGAGGCCAACGUCUUGCUGGAGAUGCGGGAUCAUUACGUGGCGCCGUUGUCCUACAUGGAUCUUGAACAGCUGGAAAAUUCUGUCCUCGAAACAUACAACCACUUAUCCAACCAAAACUGCGACCUGCAAGGCCGACAGCUUAUUGCAGUCACUGCAGACCCAACACCGACAUCGACCGGGUACAUUCUUCACUUGCAGGGAGAAUGCUACAAUUGCGAUCCCACCAAUGUCCGUGUCUUUGCCCAUCCCGAUGAGAUCUUUGAUGACAACAUGAUGAUGAUCGAAAUGGGGCCCAUGGAGCCUGAGAUGCCUGAUUCUACCAGGCCGCCUAUUGAUGACGACAUGACAAUGGAGACUCCCGACACACCUGGCGGCAAUGGAACCGCUAGUGACGGUGGCACAACUACUGAUCCAGGUGACACGGCAGGCACUGGAGGAGGCACUACGCAAGUUGGAAAUGCAACUGGUGGCGCUGGCAUGGACACGCCCUCUGGAGACAACAGUACUAUGAUGAUGCCCGCUGGAGAACUUCCUGCACCUGAAACUAAUACUACCGGACGAAAUCGUGGUGCUGGUAGCAGUACUAGCGGCGGCAGCGGUGGCGGCAGCAAAUUUGACAGCGGCGGCUACUAUUACAGCGGUGGAGGCAGCAGCAGCAGCAGCAGCAGCAGCAGCACCGCCACCACCUAUGCCACCGCAAAAGAGGAUGUUCCAUACCAGCGCAAGCCCAAGAAAGUACGAACAGCAUCAAAGGAGCGCAGUCGACUAGAGCGACCAUCUGACUAUAACUCAGGUCCACAGCACGUGGAAGAAGAGGAACCAUCCGAAUUCGACUUCGGAAUUUCCGCACAAAGUCGAGCACGGUAUCACCACAACGAGGGAGUCAGAAAGUUGAAUCAUAACCACCACCAUCACGCAGUGAACCGGAACCCAGAGUCAGUCGAUGUAGAGCAUCAACAUGGCGUCAAUGUCAAUCGGGAUCCCAUGCCAAUGGAGCCAGAAGACACCAACCGAGCUUUCUUCGGAGGAUCGGACAGCACCAUGAUAUCUGUCAAGAAAUCCAAGUCAAGAAGCGUCAAAGGCUACAAGGAAACGGAGUCCAAAGGAAAGAAAGGAAAGAAAAAUGGCAGCAAGGGAUACCAUCCCAUCGAGAGCUGUAACAACGACGACGCCCCUCGCCGUGCGCCGACGGAAGAAGAAUUUGUCGAAGGUUUGAAUCAUGUCACUGACAAUCUCUUGGCUCAGUACAACAAGAUUUCGGUUCGAACCGCCUUGCAGGUGCGACCAUUGAGCUGCGACGCCACGGAAGAGUCCUUUGGCUCAGGGAUUGUGGUUCUGUUCAUGGGACCGGGAUCAACUGAUGCGGGCUUGUCGCCAGAGGAGAUUAUGCUGAUGGAACGGACGAUUCUUCAGUCAUACAACCAUUUGCAGGCUACACACAGUUGUGAUGUUCCCUACUUUCGUGAAAUGACAGACCUCGUGCUCAAAGGCAUCGCUCCGGGACCUGCGGAAGGCACUUUCUUGGCCAUGUUUGAGUCGCAUGGAACCUGUCGAGGCAAGGAAUGCUCAGAUGGCGCCACAUUCUUUGAUCCUUUGGACGAAUCUUCGUCGAGUGGCGACGGCGACGACGACGAUUCCAGACGCCACUUGAGGCAUCACAUCCCAGAAACCGGUUUCAACCCCGUUCUUUCUCCCUCGGGUCAUGAAAUUGGCUACGAUGGUGGCGAUGCACAUGUCUACCAAGAACAAUGCUACUGUCCUUUGAAGGUUGACGAGUUUGGCCCUCCAUUUGUAUCUGACCUACAAGAUGUGCUGAACAGUGUCCUAAAGGAUGCAUGUAAUACUGGCUUGGUGGAAACCAUGGUGACGGUUUUGGAUAUUAUGGAAAUGCCUAGUGACAAUAGUAGUGAAAAGACGACAGAUGAUGAUGUUGCCUACGAAAAGACGCUAUCGCCUGGACCUGCACGUGGAACCACGGAACAAUUCGAGUCCUUUGUCAUUGUUCAGUUCUUUGGUCAACGAGACCUUGUGACGGAGUCCGAGGUCAAUGCCAUUGAAGAUAGCAUGCCAGUCAUCUUUCAAGAUCUCCAAGACAACGAUUUCUGCGACUCCGUGUCACGAGUCUUGACCAGUUCUGUCCUCCAAACAGUGGACCCAGGUCCCACAGACGACUCGUUCUUGUUGGGAUUCUUCUGGGUAGGAACGUGCGAGGGACAAGGAUGCAGCAACAAACCCAUGUUCUUUGCCUCGCCAGGUGAAGCAAUGAUUGGUUGCGGGAUGGGCAAGGUUUUAGGUCCUCCAGUCAUAGAAGAUUUCGAGAACAACUUGUUCUCGGCAAUUUUGUCACUCCGAGACGAUGGUUCUGUGGUGAAUAUCCAAGCCAAUGGGGAUGCUGUAGAAGCCCCCCCUGGUUCCACACCCGCUCCAAUUCUGUCUUCUGAGGAAGCCACAGCGGCGCCAACCUCAACACCGACUACGGCUGCCAUGUUCCAAAGAUCUCAAAUGAUCAAGGCUAGAAAUGCCAGGACGAAACCACCCGCACAACCCAGACCGACCAAUGCCCCCACGAAUUGGCCAACAUGGUUAGACACCGACUACCCCACGUACUUGGUGGUGUAGACCUCGCAGGUGGUACCACAGGGCGGAAAUGGAAGUCGUCCUCGGUUCUUUCUGCAAGAAACAUAUCAUCUCUGUUCAUGUAAAGUAGUUUUUCAUAUUAGCAAGAGAAAAAACGUAUACAAGAGUAUUAGAAACUGCC